UUCAUGGAAGUGUAACAGAUUCAAGUAAGGCAUUUGUUUGACAAGUUGAUGGAAAUGUUUACCAGUUAUUUGCUGUUCUUUCUGCUGCCCAGAUUCCCACUGAAGUUAGGGUCCCAAAGGGCUUAAUAAAGUAUGUGAUUACUGAAAAUAAGCAGGAUGGGGUGGGAAUGGCGUGCUUUUACAGCGGGGCUGAAUGUUUAUAUAUUCUUUUUUUUGUUUUGUUUUCAACAGAUAUUUAAGUCAAAAGUGGUAGGAAUUUGCUGUACUUAAAGUCCUAUUUUGUCAAACUUGCCACAACUGCUUGUACGGAGCAGUCUCACUGCAGACGUCUUCCUGAUUAUCCAACAUGUAUUAAAUGAAGCAUAAUGAAUUGGAUUAUAAAUUGGUUAUAACAAACCACAUUCAGCUGGAAUAUAACUAGACUUUAUUAAAUUGCACUUGUAUUCAAUUGAAUAAUGCCACAAAUUCUAGCUGUGAUCUCAUCAUUUCCUGAAACAGCAGGAGACAAUAAAAAAAACAACACAGGCAGAGACAGAAGAGAGGAGGAGUCUGUUCACUCCUUACGUCAUUUGUUAUCUUUAAGAAUCACUGCCAGGUUGUGUGUGUGUGUGUGUGUGUUGAGUGGAACCUACAAGGGAAAACCAGAGACAGCUGACAGAAAGAGGACAACAUCUGGCUGCAGAGUAUCUUCAGUCACUCAACCAUCAUGUCUCAACCGGCUCAGGAUGAUGAAAAGGUGCAGCGUCCUGAAGUGAGGGAAGAGGACCUGACUGACGCAAAGACCAAACUGGGCGGUAGUGGACCUCUGAAGAGCAAGACGUUUGAAGUAAUGGAGGAGUGUGAGAAAAUGGGUAAAGCUGCUCCCUCGGUGUUCAGUGGAGCGAAGUCUGGAGGAGAGACGGCUCUCAACAUGCGCUCAGCUCAUCCGGUCAGGAAGUAGAGGGAAACUACGCAGCACCUGUUCCACAUUAAGACUUUUUUUCUGUUGUUUUUCUGCUUUAAUUCAGACUUUUUUUUCUUCUUUUUUAAGUCUCCGCUCUUGCUUUGUGUUGUGAAUGUCACAACUUUCAAGCUAAGACAUAUUUUUACACUUACAUUGCAUAAAUGAGUGGCUUCACAAAAUAGAGCAAUAGGUCCAGUGGUGGUGUAUAACUCGAAAACAUUCAUUUCAUAACUCUGGUUCAGUGCAAAUUUGAGUUAUUUGCACUUUACCGUAGUAUUUUCCCUAUAUUCACAGAAUUUUUACUUUAACAAACUUUUGAAGCAUCUAUAAAUUAUGUUUUUAUAAAACCAUAGAAAUAAGUAAUCUGCUUUGGCUACCCCUAAAGAAAAUAGUCAGAAGACAAAGAAAUAAACCUGAUUCACCUGUAUAUGUCUAAGCCCAACAGUUCCUACAAGUACAGCUGAAGAGACUAGUUGCUUCAAUGGGUCUGAGGUGUCUGCUGAAAUGCUGUUCGGCCUCUACCGAACAUAACACUAUUAAGGGCAAGGAACUCCCAGUUACGCUCAUCUGUCCAAAGGGCAUCGUUCCAGACAUCUUUUGAUUUGUCAGAUGCAGUUUUCCAAGGCUUGUGUGUCUCCUGGCAACCAGUCCAAACAAACUGCACCUCUUCACUUUAUAAUUGUGCUGCCAUGGACUUUAACCUUUAACAUGCUCAGUAGGGUCUGUGAGGUACCUUUUUUUUUUUUUUUUUUUUGCAUUUCUCUGAGCAUUUGGCAGGACAUUCACUCCUGGGAGGAGUAGAAACUAUCUUGAGUGCUUUCUGUUUGUGUCAAAAUUGUUCGGAAAUGGUUUUGUAACCCUUCUCUUUCCCCGUUGUCAUUGUGCCAAAAUGCCUAAACGCUCUGGACCAUCACGGUGCCAAAAUAUUUGCUUUUGUGGAGGUUUGCAUACCUGCUGAUAACCAGUACAAGUAUUGAUGGUUUUCAGUACGUGACUGAAAUCUAUUUCCCACAUGACACACACACACACACACACACACACACACACACACACACACAC